AUGGACCAUGGCCACCACAUCUGCGGCCUCCCUGGCCUCGAAAAAAGCACGACCACGUGGCCGCAAGCGGCGGCGCACCGGUGGCGCUUCGAGGUACCUGGCGAAGAGUCGCAGCGGCGCCCUCAAGGAGCGCCUGCAGGAGGCCGCGGUGAAGGCCUUCGGCGAGGCGAAGCAGUUGGCGCAGCGCGCCACGUCGCGUGGCUCGCCACGCCGGUUUUGGACAGUGAUGUGGAGGUCGCCGCAGCCAACGCCGCACUGGCCGAGAGGCACCUGGCCGCGAGUCGUUGGAACGCGCAGGGCAUCGAGUUGGAUCGGCAGCACCGUUGGGAGGAGGCUGCUGAUGUCUUCCGCAGAGCAAUGCAGGUCUUGCCGGAGUUCGAUGCACGGACCGCCAACAACCUGGGCACAGUGAUCUACAAGAACGCCACGUAUCGCUCCAGCGGCUGGGACCAGGCGAUGCCCUUGUACCAAGCUGCGCAGGAGCUCUUCGAACGAGCGCUCAAGAAGCUCCCAGGGAAUCCGGCCAUUUUGAAGAGUCUCAAGGAGGUGAAACGGCUACAGCUCUUGGUCCAGGAGUGGCGCCGCGACGCCCAUCGACUGGACCUGCCGGUGCCCACUUGGUUGAAAUCAGCUGCAGUGAACGAGACGCUGAUCUGCACGUGGUCGGGCGGGGGGCGGCGCUUUGCGCAGAUGGCCAUCAAUCUCUACACGUCCAUCAAAGUGAACGUGCCUCAUCUGGCGAAGGCCUUCGCGGUCUUGGCGCUGGAUACGGAGACCGAAGAGGUCUUGCGUUGGCACGGCCUCACCACGUGGCUCUACGAGACGGUGGACAUUUUCAUGGCACGCUGGCGUUGCUUAGCCGGUUUGCUAAACUUGGGCCUCAACGUCCUGCUGACGGACACGGAUGUGGUGUUCUUGUCGGAUCCAUUUCCGCACUUUUGGAUGGAUGCUGACAUGGAGGUCAUGACGGAUCACCUCUUUCCGGAAAGGGAUCUCUGGGAUCCACGAUGGAGAGACGAGGAGCACGUGAACACGGGCUUCAUGUUUGCCCGAGCAUCCCAUCGAUCGCUUCAGCUGGUUCAUGACUUCAUCCGUGCUCAUCAUUCACCCUGGGAUGCACAGACCUUGGGCGGCGGCAUCUUCGACCUCUUUGACCAGCGGAUCUUCAGCAGCUUCCUCCGAAGGCGUCUUGAAAGCGGAGAAUGCGUUUCGCACAUGGAGAACCUGACUUACGGCUCCAGGUGGCGAAGCCCUUCCGGCCAAUCGGGCGAGUGGUCCGAAAACCCCUCCAUCCGAGUGCUUCAUCCGGACGUCAUCGCCCACGGUGGAAGCUUCUUCUGGCUCCGCUCGUGGCGUCGGCGGCACCUCGAAGCUCCUCCUGUGGCGCAUGCAAACUUUGGCCGAAACAAGCAGUACUUCUUGCGCGAUCGAGGCCUUUGGUUCAUCGAGAAUCUCACGGAGCGGUUUCGGGAGCCCGUGCAGUAUGACGAGUACUACCCACCAGCUCUUCUUCCAGAAGAGCAAGACGAGACCAUCCGUGUCGAUGACGAGAACGACACGUGGCGGUUCCUGCUUUACGAACCACGUGGCACCUCCACGUGUUCGACGUGGAAUCUUGAUCCAUUGGCUUGUCAGUUCCUCGACUUGGCGGCGGCCCUCGAAGUGGCCGUCCUCCUGAAGCGUCGCCUCGUUUUGCCGGACGCCUUCGAUUGCAGCUUGCUGCCGAUGUGGGACGCCUACGGCAUGUCGUCCACCUUCCAAACUCCGCACGAAGGGUGCACCUUCGAUUACUUUGCCGACGCCGAAGGUUUCACGAAGCGCUUUGGGCAUUUGCUGGUGGAAGCUGGGCUGAAGAAGAGUCCGGACUUCCUUCGGCUCCAAAAGGCCAGCGCACAUCUCGGACGGGCUUCGGAUUGUCAAGACCUCCCCUUAGCCAGAGCCUUUGGCCCAGCAGUUCUGGAGGUGCUGGACAACGUGGUGACACUGCGGGAUCACUUGCGGCAGCUGGACGGUCGAGGGCUUGAUCGUCAUUUGUUCCCCUGCCGAUGGGUUGAAAUGGACACUGAGAGCUAUGCCAGAAGAGCAGGAGGCUGGUGA